GUGUUGGUACUCCUCUGCAGGUCAGCUGGGUGAUGUUAUGAAGGAAAGUGCAAAGAUCGCUUCGACCUUUGCCAGAGCCUUUCUGAUGACCCAGGAACCAGAAAAUCACUUCCUGGUUAACUCCCACCUGCACCUGCAUGUCCCUGAGGGGGCAACUCCUAAGGAUGGACCAAGCGCUGGCUGCACCAUUGUCACAGCACUGUUGUCCCUGGCAACUAGCCGGGCGGUGCGUCAGAACGUAGCCAUGACUGGUGAAGUGUCACUGACCGGCAAAAUACUGCCAGUAGGUGGAAUCAAAGAGAAAACUAUUGCUGCCCGUCGUGCUGGUGUGACCUGCAUCAUUCUGCCAUCUGAGAACAGGAAAGACUUCUCUGACCUGCCAGACUACAUCACAGAGGGCCUGGAGGUCCACUUUGUGGAUCAUUACAGCCAUAUCUACCCCAUUGUCUUCCCACAGAUCCAGUCAUAACUUUCAACUGUAGUGCUAAAACCACACCAAUAUGGACCAAGACAUCUUUUUAUAGGAUUCCAAAACCUGUUUGCUACCGCACAACAGCAGUUGUCAUUCUGGUUGUAGAGAGUAAAAUUCAGUUAUUACUUUUGGACUGAUUCUUGUAAAUAUGCAGUUUGGACCCUGAGGUCCUGCUGUGGAGGACACAGGACCCCCGAAUGUAGUAAGACUGUCAUCUGAUAAGGAGGACAUCAUCACUGAACUGAAACCUUUCAACCAACUGUGCCAAAGAAGGACAUACACAGUAAAGUGAUGGUGAUGAUGAACACUGGCUUGUCAUCACAGGAUAUGAUCGAUGAGUAGAAGUUGGGGUGGCAACUUUGCUGCUAGGUAGCUUUUUACCCACAGCUCUCUUUAUGCAGGGCUGUGAGUGGACUCCAUAGAUUUCCUAUAUUAUUUUAUAUUAUUAUCGGCUAUUAUUUGUGAUGAUGAUGUCAUUAUAUAGUAUAUUGAUGAUGAUGAUGUUGAAAUUAAAUAAACAACUCUGCUGGC